GCGGGCCGACACACUUCACAUAUGCCCGUUUAGCUUACGUUUUAUCAACAUAAUCCGACAGAUGCAUGGUUCAGGCCGGUGAAUAUAACGCUUUUAGAUCAGAUAUACACUAUAUUGUUUUUCAUAGUUUGUUGGAGUUAUCAUUUGAAUGUAGUUAGCAACGGAUGUGGAUGGUUGGCGAGUUGCAUGCAGUUUCGGGAUAAAGGAAAAACGGUGUCUUAAUUUUGCGUGACCUAUUUAUUUUUCAACACUAUUGUGUGCCUUUUUGUAUUUUGAUCGGCUGUAAAUUUGGCAAGGAUGAGCGCAGGAGUUGCAAAGGUGGCGAAGCCAUCGACUCACGUCGAUCCCAAAUCGGCGCCGCUGAAGGAGAUUCCUGAUAUUUUAGUUGAUCCCAGAACCAUGAAACGAUACAUACGAGGUCGCUUUCUCGGGAAAGGGGGAUUUGCGAAAUGCUACGAAAUUACAGAUAUGGACACAAAGGAGGUUUUCGCAGGUAAAGUGGUGCCGAAAUCGAUGCUACUGAAGCCACACCAGAAAGAGAAAAUGAGCACGGAAAUUGCCAUUCACAAAAGUCUCGAUAACCAGCAUGUUGUUGGGUUUCACGGGUUUUUCGAAGACGACGACUUCGUGUAUGUGGUGUUGGAGAUAUGUCGGAGAAGGUCUCUUCUUGAGUUGCACAAGCGAAGAAAGGCAGUGACCGAGCCUGAGGCCAGAUACUUCAUGCGCCACACUAUCCAGGGUUGCCUGUACUUGCACAACAACAGGGUCAUUCACCGUGAUCUCAAACUUGGGAAUCUGUUCCUCAGUGAUGACAUGGAGGUGAAGAUUGGGGACUUUGGUUUGGCCACCAAGAUUGAAUUUGACGGCGAGAGAAAGAAAACCCUGUGUGGCACUCCAAACUAUAUCGCCCCAGAGGUGCUCUGCAAAAAAGGCCACAGUUUUGAGGUGGAUGUAUGGUCACUGGGAUGCAUUCUAUACACACUGCUGGUUGGAAAGCCUCCAUUUGAGACAUCCUGUCUGAAGGAAACCUACAUCAGAAUCAAAAAGAAUGACUACUCUGUCCCUAGACAUAUUAAUCCAGUGGCUGCUGCUCUGAUUCGUCGGAUGCUGCACGCUGACCCCACACUUAGGCCUUCUGUGGCCGAGCUGUUGAUCGAUGAGUUUUUCACCUCUGGUUACGCUCCCAUACGGUUGCCCACUUCCUGUCUCACUGUACCUCCCAGGUUCUCCAUUGCUCCUUCCAGCCUGGAUCCUACCCUCCUUCGCAAACCCCUCUCGUCCCUUAAUAAAGGAACAAACAGUCCUAUUGAGAAAAUGGGAAAAAUGGAGCAGCCACAAAAAGAAGAUAUGCAGCAAAGGGAUGGAUCUGAACAACCUGACAGCCACCUGAGUGAUAUGCUGCAGCAACUUACCCGCCUCAACAGUGCCAGGCCAUCUGAAAGAGACUUUGUUAGACAAGAUGAGGCUGAAGACCCUGCUUGUAUUCCUAUCUUCUGGAUUAGCAAAUGGGUUGACUACUCUGACAAAUAUGGCCUUGGUUAUCAGUUGUGUGAUAACAGCGUAGGAGUUUUGUUCAACGAUUCCACACGUUUGAUCAUGUACGCUGAUGGUGACAGUCUGCAGUACAUUGACCGAAACACUGCAGAAUCCUACCUCAGCGUGCGCUCCUACCCCCCUGUGCUCUCCAAAAAAAUUACGCUCCUGAAGUAUUUCAGGAAUUACAUGAGUGAGCACUUGCUGAAGGCUGGGGCAAACAUAACACCUAGGGAUGGAGAUGAGCUGACCCGUUUGCCAUACCUGCAUCACUGGUUUCGCACAAAGAGCGCCAUCGUGCUGCACCUCAGCAACGGAACUGUGCAGAUCAACUUUUUCCAGGAUCACACUAAGCUUAUUUUGUGUCCUCUGAUGGGAGCAGUAACAUACAUCAACGAGAAGCGAGAGUUCUACACCUAUAAAAUCACCCUGAUCGAGGAGUUUGGCUGCUGCAAAGAGCUGGCCAGCCGUUUGCGCUAUGCUCGCAACAUUGUGGAGAAGCUGAUGGCCUGCAAAAGCCCUGCUGCAGCCACUACCUCUGGACGCUAACCCAAAUCAAAUGGCUUUAUGAUGUCACCAUUGACUAAUCUUCCUUGCUUGAGUCUGAGGGCCCUUAAAAUAUUCUAUCAGCAAAACUUGUACAGUUUUCUGGGUUUUACACUAGGAAUUCUUUGUCCUCUGGAUCUAUUGUUUACUCUUACCAUCACUUGUUUUUCUAGGUUGGAAAGUUUGUGACAGUGCAAGCUAUCUGUAUCAUGUGAACUCUCUUUGUACAUGUUUUAAUGUUUUAAAUCUUUCCUGUUUAACUUUUGACUGUUCUUUGUAUAGAAGCUUUUGGACAUUAAUCUUUUAAUGAGCAAGAGUAUAUUUGAAAUAAAUUGGUU